AUGCGCGCCGGGGUGUACACCAUCCACCAGUCGCUCACCGCCGAGGCGGCCGCGGUGCUCAAGCUCGCGCUCGCCCUCGCCACCCGCCGCGGCCAUGCGCAGGUCACGCCGCUGCACGUCGCAUUCGCGCUCCUCAGCUCCUCCUGCUCGCCGCACCAGCACCAGCACCACCAUCCGGGCGGCGGCGGGGGCGCCGCCUACGGGCUGCUCCGCCGCGCCUGCCUGCGCUCGCACCCCGCAUCUGCGACCGCGGCGGCGCAGCACCCGUUCCAGUGCCGCGCCCUCGAGCUCUGCUUCAACGUGGCGCUCAACCGCCUCUCCACCUCCGGCCCGCACUCGCCGCCGCCGCAUUCCUCGGGGCCGCCCUUCGCGUCCUCGCUCAUCCAGCCCAGCCCCACGCUCUCCAACGCGCUCGUCGCCGCGCUCAAGCGCGCGCAGGCCAACCAGCGCCGCGGCUGCGUGGACCUCCAGCAGCCGCCGCCCGUCACCCUGCAGCAACAGCAGCCGCAGCAAGGCGCGCUGCUGCAGCAGCAGCCGCUCCUGGCCAUCAAGGUGGAGCUGGACCAGCUCAUCAUCUCCAUCCUCGACGACCCCAGCGUCAGCCGCGUCAUGCGCGAGGCCGGCUUCUCCAGCGCCACCGUCAAGGCCAACCUCGAGGAGGAGAGCGCGCACAUGUGCAUGAACUCUUCCUCCUCGUCCCCGCCACCACCUGUCAUACCCCCGCACUUCUUCCUCGACAACAACAGCGGCAGCAUUGGCGGCUUCGGGAUGUGGCCGGCGCAGUUCCUGGCUCCUCCGCCGGGCGCGCCCGCUCCGCACUGCCAGGAGGACGUGAGGGCGGUUCUCGAGGUGAUGAUGCGGAAACAGGGCAGAAGAACCAACCCCGUGGUCGUCGGCGACUCGGUGUCCAUGGCGGAGGCCGUGGCCGGCGAGCUGCUGCGGCGGCUCGAGCGGGGCGAGGUCCCCGACGAGCUAGCCGGCGCACACCUGCUCAAGCUGCAGCUCUCCUACGUGCACGUCCGCCUCAUGAACCGCGCCGACGUCGACGCCAAGGCCGCCGAGCUCCGCCGCAGCGUCGACGCCGUCCAGGUCCAGCGCGCCGGCCUCGUCAUCUACGUCGGCGACCUGCGCUGGGCGCUCGACGAGGACCCCGCCGCCGCCGACCACACCGCCUCCUCCUACAGCCCCGUGGAGCACAUGGUCGCCGAGCUCGGCCGGCUCCUGGACGACCUCCGCGCCAGCGCGCCGCCACGCGGCCGCGUCUGGCUCCUGGCCACGGCAAGCUACCAGACCUACAUGCGCUGCCAGCAGCGCCGCAGGCAGCCAUCGCUGGAGACCUCCUGGGCCCUGCAGGCCGUGGCGGUCCCCGCCGGCAGCGGCACUGGCCUGGCCCUCAACAAUCUCCAUUCUUCCUCCACCCCAACCCCAAGUGCGGCUGCGAUGCAGCAGGCCAUGGCGACGACAAGGCAGCAGCUCGCACAGGGUCCUUUGGCAAUGGCAGCCGAGGCAAUGGCGUUGGGAGGCGAGCAGGAGGACAAGCUGUUGCUGUGCAGCGAGUGCAACAGGAACUACGAGAGGGAGGCGUCGGUCGUCAAGGUGGAGGCUGACGAGGAGGGCCCGCGCUUCGGCCUCCCCGCCUGGCUGGUGCUGGAGAACAAGCCGCCCGACUCGUAUCUGAUCGAGCUGAAGAGGAAAUGGAGCAGGCUGUGCGGAAAGCUUCACCUGUGGGGCAACAGCCAGCAGCACGAUCCAUACUCUGCUUCUGUCUUCGGUUCUGGGCUACCUGCAGCAUCUCCAAGCUCGUGGUGGCCGAGUCCCUGCUUGCCGCCGGGCAGCCAGAGCAAGCCGAGCAUCGGAGGCUUCUUGGGCUUGGAGGGGUUGAUGGAGCAUGGCCGCCGGUGGUCACCUCCAUCGCCGCUGCCUUGUCCGGGCCACAUGGAUCCUCACUGCCCGGACGUCAAGACGACGCUCGCUCUUGGCACCGUCCUCCCGCUCUCGGACACGGCGACGUCGGACGGCCGUGCUCGGGGGAGGGACGACGGCCUCGCCCGUGAGCUGGAGAGGCGACUGCGCAAGAACAUGCCCUGGCAGCCUGCGGACACCGUCGCAGAGAUCGUCGAGGCGGUCGCCGGCGGACAGAGCUACGGGAGGAAAGGCGUUUGGCUGUUCUUGAAGGGGAGCGACCACGCCGCCCAGCAGCGGGCGGCCGCGGUUAUCGCCGAGACGUGCUGUGGCUCGGCCGAUCAGAUCGUAGCCGCCGAUCCCAAGAGGUUCAGCUGCGCGGAGGAUUUCUGCUCUGAUGUCGUCUCGAGGGCGAGCAGGAUCGGCUCCAGCAAGUUCGUGCUCGUCAUCCACGACGUCGAGCGCGCGUCCCGGCCCGUCGUCGAGUGUCUCGUGGCGGCAUCCAAGCGCGGCUGCAUCACCGACCAUUUCGGCCAAGAACUCUAUCUCUCUGAAUCCGUCGUCGUCAUCACAACAUCAGAGUUCGCCGAUGGGCCCAGCGACGUCAUCAGCCUGCGGCUGCGGGCGUCCUCGUCGUCGGGCGAUCUCAAGAGGAAGGAGGAGAUCGAUUCACCGUCAAGAGAAUGCAAGCGGGCGCGGCACGACGCCGGCGGCCAUGGCAUCGACCUCAACCUCAACCUCUGCGUCGGCAGCGACAGUGACGACGAUGGAGUUCCGAGCGACAUCACCCACGAGAGCGACACCAGGGAGCGCAGGCAACCGCACGAUCUCCUCGAGUCGAUCGCCACCAGCGUCAUCAGCCUUGACAAGGGUGCGGACGCUGACCAGCGCGCCGCGGCGGCCAUCCGUGCGGUGCUCGCUGGAGCGCUCCGUCGGGAGGUGCAGCUCGACAACCAGGCAGCGGAGGCGCUUGUCGCGGCGUCUGGACACUUUCUUGACGAGGUUCUGGAGAGGUGGGCAGCGGAGGUGUUUGAACCAGCGGCGGCGGCAGCUGGAAAUGGCGGGAAAGUGGUGAUACUGGGGAUAGGGCCAGGGGAUGGGGCCCGGGUGUCAGGAUACAUGGGCUCGGCCCUUCCAAGCAGGGUCCUUGUAGAGUAA